AUGUUUUCAAGAGCAAAUCCAUUUGAUGAAUCUGUCAUCGCUGCAACAAAUGAAAACCUCACUGUCGAGAACUGGGAGCUUAUCUUGGCAGUAACCGACAAGAUUACUCGCGCUUCACCAGAAAGCGCAAGAGAGUGUGUUGCUGCGGUGGAGAAACGAUUAAACAACAAGAACCCCAAUGUUCAACUCUAUGCCAUUGCCCUGACCGAGGCUUUGGUCAAGAACUGUGACAUUACCGUGCACCGUGAGAUAUCUUCCCGCUCAUUCACCAACACACUUACAAAGCUUGUUCAUGAUAAAACUGUCCACCCUAAAGUGAGAUUGAGAAUUCUAGAAUUUAUUCAAAUGUGUUCUUUUGAAUUCAGAGCUGAUUCCACACUUGGAUUGAUGAACGAAGUGUACCAUUCAUUACGUGCUGAAGGAAUUCAGUUCCCAUCACCUCAAAAGCCUAAAAAGGAGUUUACGCAGUCCGAAUUGGAUAAGCAAAAGGAGGAGGAAGAGUUCCAGCUCGCUUUAGCGUUGUCUCUUUCCGAAUCAGAGAAUCGUCCCUCUUAUAGAUCGUCUGCAACUCCUGCUGCGUCUACUGCUCAUGCUGCCACCACCAACACUGCAUCCUCCACCAAGCCCAAAGAUGAAGAUGCUGCUCCUCAAAUUUCCAGAGUAAGAGCAUUGUACGAUUUUCAACCCACAGAACAAGGUGAACUCGGUUUUGAAAAGGGCGAUAUCAUCCGUGUGAUUGAGAGUGUUUAUCGCGAUUGGUGGAAAGGUGAAUUGCGUGGAAAGACGGGUAUCUUUCCUGUCAACUAUGUCGAGAAAAUUGUAGAUCCUUCCCCUUCUGAUUUGCUAAAAGAAGCCUCUGUGGAGAAUGAAGUAAUGAAUGAAACCCGCAACAUUGAUCGUUUGCUGGAAAUGCUCUCUAGUAAUGAUCCUCGCGCCAAGGAUUCCUUCUCAGACAAUGAAGAACUCCAGAAUUUGUAUAAUAGCACCUUGUCCAUUAGACCUAAAUUGGUCAAAUUAAUCGAAAAGUACAGUUUGAAGAAAGAUGAAUUGGUUGCUUUGAACGAGAAAUUUAUGCAAGCUAGAACAAUGUACGAUGGCAUGCUCUCGAAUUCCAUUGCUAGGUAUUCAUCUCCAUCUGUGGGCGGCUAUGGCGGAUAUCCACCCAGUCGCCAGCCUUCUUAUGAUCCCCAGCAACAGCAGCAGCAGCAGCCUUAUGGCGGCUAUGGUGGUUAUGCACCUUACCCAUCGCAACCUUACGGCGGUUAUCAGCCAUUAUCCAGCCAACCUCAGCAGCAACAACAACAACAACCUCAAAGCCCUGCUACUGUUGCUGCUGCACAACACCAAACACCCACUCAGCAACCAACAUACGCUUACAAUGCUGAGGCCACUCCUCAAGUGAACAAUGCUGCAAUUUCUCAGCAACAACAGCAACAGCAACCUCCAUAUGAUUAUAAUGCUCAACAGAGCCCAUACCAGCCUUCAUAUGAUAACCAACAACAGCAACCACCACAGCAAACCUCUGAUUACUCUUCUCCGUCUUACCCUGCUGCUGCGUCUUCUGCCACACCUUCUCAAGAUGUCAAUUAUACUGUAAAUCAGCAAGCUCCUCCUCAACAGCAAAGUUAUGGUGCCUAUGUUGCCACCACGGGCACACCUGAAGGAUACCCAGUUGCCACUUACACUUCACCUCCACUUCAACAGCAUCAACAACAACCACAACCACAACCACAACAACAACAACAACAACAACAACAACAGCAACAGCAAUAUGUUGCCCCUGAAACAACUCCUGGAUAUCCAGGACAGCCGCAACAGGCCUAUAACUAUUAG